AGGACAAUGGACGCUGAUGAGGGUCAAGACAUGUCCCAAGUUUCAGGGAAGGAAAGCCCCACAGUGAGUGACACUCCAGAUGAUGGUGAUGAGCCCAUGCCUGUCCCCGAAGACCUUUCCACCACCUCUGGAGGACAGCAGAGUUCCAAGAGUGAGAGAGUAGUGGUUACAUAUGGGGCUGAUGGCUUUAGGGAUUUUCAUGCAAUAAUUCCCAAAUCUUUCUCUCCUGGUAAUGUUAAAGUAGAGACUCAGAGUGAUGAAGAGAAUGGGCGUGCCUGUGAAAUGAAUGGGGAAGCAUGUGCGGAGGAUUUACGAAUGCUUGAUGCCUCGGGAGAGAAAAUGCAUGCCCCCCACAGGGACCAAGGCAGCUCGGCUUUGUCGGGAGCUGGAGGCAUUCGACUUCCUAACGGAAAGCUAAAGUGUGAUAUCUGUGGGAUCAUUUGCAUCGGGCCCAAUGUGCUCAUGGUUCACAAAAGAAGCCACACUGGAGAACGGCCGUUCCAGUGCAAUCAGUGCGGGGCCUCCUUCACCCAGAAAGGCAACCUGCUACGGCACAUCAAGUUGCACUCCGGGGAGAAGCCCUUCAAGUGCCACCUCUGCAACUACGCCUGCCGCCGGAGGGACGCCCUCACAGGCCACCUGCGCACGCACUCCGUUGGUAAACCUCACAAAUGUGGAUAUUGUGGCCGAAGCUAUAAACAGCGAAGCUCUUUAGAGGAACAUAAAGAGCGUUGCCACAACUACUUGGAAAGCAUGGGCCUUCCGGGCACGCUGUACCCAGUCAUUAAAGAAGAAACUAAUCACAGUGAAAUGGCAGAAGACCUGUGCAAGAUAGGACCAGAGAGAUCCCUCGUGCUGGACAGACUAGCAAGUAACGUGGCCAAACGUAAGAGCUCUAUGCCUCAGAAAUUUCUUGGAGACAAGUGCCUGUCAGACAUGCCCUACGACAGCAGCGCCAGCUACGAGAAGGAGAACGAGAUGAUGAAGUCCCACGUGAUGGACCAAGCCAUCAACAACGCCAUCAGCUACCUGGGCGCCGAGUCCCUGCGCCCCCUGGUGCAGACGCCCCCCUGUGGCUCCGAGGUGGUCCCAGUCAUCAGCCCCAUGUACCAGCUGCACAAGCCCCCCACGGAGGGCCCCCUGCGCUCCAACCACUCGGCUCAGGACAGCGCCGUGGAGAACCUGCUGCUACUCUCCAAGGCCAAGUCGGUGUCCUCGGAGCGGGAGGCCUCGCCGAGCAACAGCUGCCAAGACUCGACGGACACCGAGAGCAACAACGAGGAGCAGCGCGGUGGCCUCAUCUACCUGACCAACCACAUCACGCCACACGCCCGCAAUGGCCUGUCGCUGAAGGAGGAGCAGCGGGCCUACGACCUGCUGAGGCCGGCCUCGGAGAACUCACAGGACGCCUUCCGGGUGGUCAGCACAAGUGGGGAGCAGGUGCGGGUGUACAAGUGCGAACACUGCCGCGUGCUCUUCCUGGACCACGUCAUGUACACUAUCCACAUGGGCUGCCACGGCUUCCGCGACCCCUUCGAGUGCAACAUGUGUGGCUACCACAGCCAGGACAGGUACGAGUUCUCGUCCCACAUCACGCGGGGGGAGCACCGCUACCACAUGAGCUAA